AUGCCUGUUGUGCUCGGUCUGGGCGCCGCCUUCGGCGCAUGGCAGGGAAUCUUCCAGGUCACUGGCGGUCGUCUGAGAGGAUGGACGGAAGGCAGGCUGGACGAGGCCGAGUUUGACAACAAGAUUGCCCAGCGUCAGGCCAAGAGACGCCCGAUUGAGGAGACAAUUGCAGAGAUUGGCGAGGGCCGUGGCAUCCGGCCACCGGGCUACGAGGAGCGGAGACGCGAGCGGCUCAAGGAGAAGUACGGAGUUGAGAUCAACCCCGUCAAGGCGACUGUCGAGUAA